CUGUGGUAAAGGCACACUUGGGCCGCUUCCCGAUGACAAGCAGCCCCUGAAAAGCACUUCGCUGCGGAGAAACCGCGGGCAGACACUGCCCAGGUGCCUGGAACAACCUCAGCACCCCACGGUCGGUGACUUCAUCAGUGUCAUGGAGGAAUGAGUCCCCUUCUUCGGAGAAAGGAGACUCACGGCACGUGACGAGAAGAAGAUGGAUCACUGCAACGACUCAGCAGGCCUGGGCUCCGGCAGCGACCCGGCGCUGAACUGCACCGCCCCGCAGCCCCCCGCGGAUCCCUGCACCCCGGACGCCCUCCUCCUGCAGCGCGUCCUGCCCACGCUGUACCUGCUGGUCUUCCUCGGGGGCGUGCUGCUCAACGGCGUGUCGGGCUGGGUCUUCUGCUACAUCCCCAGCUCCAAGAGCUUCAUCGUCUAUCUCAAGAACAUCGUGGUGGCCGACUUCCUCAUGAGCCUGACGUUCCCCUUCAAGAUCCUCAGCGACGCGGGCCUGGGCCCCUGGCAGCUGACCGUGUUCGUGUGCCGGGCGUCCGCCGUGCUGUUCUACGUCAACAUGUACGUGGGCAUCGUGUUCUUUGGGCUCAUCGGCUUCGACCGGUACUACAAGAUCGUCAAGCCGCUGCUGACCUCCGCCAUCCAGUCGGUGGCAUACAGCCGGGUCCUGGCGGCGACGGUGUGGCUGCUGAUGCUCCUGCUCGCCGUCCCCAACAUCAUCCUGACCGACCAGGGCGUCCGGGACGUCACGCGGGUGCAGUGCAUGGAGCUCAAGAACCCGCUGGGGCUCCAGUGGCACAAAGCCUCCAACUACGUCUUCGUGAGCCUCUUCUGGGUGGUGUUCUUGCUGCUCGUCGUCUUCUACACGGCCAUCACGCGGAAAAUCUUCCAGUCCCACCUCAAGUCCAGGAGGAACUCCGUCUCGGUCCAGAGGAAGUCCAGCCGCAACAUCUUCAGCAUCAUGUUCGUGUUCUUCGUCUGCUUCGUGCCCUACCACGUGGCCAGGAUCUCCUACACGCAGAGCCAGACGGGGGCGCACUUUGGCUGCCAGACCAAGUGGGCCCUGCAGUACGCCAAGGAGUUCACGCUGCUGCUGUCUGCGGCCAACGUGUGCCUGGACCCCAUUAUUUAUUUCUUCCUGUGCCAGCCGUUCAGGGAGAUGUUGUGCAAGAAACUGCGCAUCCCGCAGAGAGCGCCGCAGGACCUAGAAACGUCCAGAGCCAGGAGGGGGAACAUGAUACAGGAGAGCACGGAAACGCUGUGACCGCCUCCCGGACGGGGCCCCGUGCGCACGCCGUGCCCUUCGGGGACACGCCGAGCCAGCGAACGCAGAAAGCGGCCACGACGGUCAGCGUCCACUCUGAGCGUGCCCAUCCAGUUCGGGACAACCAUUCACUGAAAUCUAAGUGUCCGUGCUUGGGGGAACAUUAAAGAAGAAACAGUACGUACGUUUUCCCUUUGUAUCGACAUAGGAGGUGUACACCGAUACACCCGAAUCGGGUAGCCGACGCAGAACUUCAAACGUCGAACGAGAAAGCAGACGGCAAUGAAGACAGCGCACAGGGCGCCUGCUCUCUCUACACACGAGAACUAAGUUAGUAAGUUGCGGACGGCUUUCCACCAGCCUCACCAAGGCACCCGAAAGGCAGGCACGUGUGAUGGAGGACGAGGGGCCCGCUAGCUGUGGGGGAGUCGAGGUGCCUGGUUCGAAGGAGGGGUUUUCAGACACCUAGAAAACCCCUCAGGAAAGCCCCUAGGGACCUGUCUCGUGGCAUGUCCAAGGAAAGCAGAUGUCAAUCAUGUUCUUUGCAAUAAAAAAUGUAAUCUCUUUCUCUGAU